AUGGGCCAGAAGGAUGCCGAGAAAGCAUCAUCAGAUCAGACUAGCAAUGCACCUGGCUACUUGCUGGCAGCAAACGCCGAUCAGAGAGCAAAUAGAGAACAAUUCAACGUCGACACCGCGACCGGCGGAUUCAGUUACAGUGUUCCCAUCCCUGAUUCUCCGGGACGUCAAGACUUUAAUCCAAGCCUGAGCCUCGUAUAUCAAUCAGGAUCUGCAUCUAUCAAUGGGCCUUUCGGUUCCGGGUGGAAACUCUCCGGACUUGACAGCAUCUCUAGGAAGGUAUCUCACGGAGUUCCUCUUUACGAUGAUAAUCGAGACAUAUUCAUCCACUCAAGGAUUGGAGAGCUCGUCCCGUCAACCGGACAAUCAGGAUCUGCUGAGUGGCAACAUAAUGGUUACCUUGUUCGAAUCUACCGACCACGGGUGGAGCAUGAUGAUUGCCGUAUUGAGUGUUGGACUAGUCAAACAGACAGCGGUCAACAAUACUGGAAGACGAUUUCGGGAAAUAAUGUCACUACAGUGUAUGGUCAAGACGAGAACUCGCGGAUCUACAAUUCGGAUGACGACCAUCAUCAUCAUGUUUUUUCAUGGGUUGCGUGCAGUUCCUACGACAGCUAUGGAAACCAUAUAGUAUACUCUUAUAAGGCCGAAGACUCUUCUAGAGUUGCAACUAUAAACAAUCAGAAUAUAUCUGAAACAGGCCGCACGCCAGCGAGCAGGUCAACGCAGCGCUACUUGAAAUCUAUAUUCUAUGGAAAUCGUACGCCAAACAGGGAUCUAGAAUCAUGGAAAGUAUUGAGCCCUUCCUCUGCCGAUACAGAUUCGAGAAACUGGCUAUUUCAGCUUGUCUUUGACUAUGGAGAGCACGACAUAACAACACCCACUCCGAAUGCAAUACAGGAAUGGGACAUUCGCCCGGAUCCUUUCUCUGUUUAUAAUAGUGGUUUUGAGGUACGCACGUAUCGUCGGUGCCGCCGGAUACUCAUGUUUCAUCAUUUUCCGGAGAAGAUUGGCCGUCAGGACUGUCUUGUAAAAUCCAUGUCUUUUCAAUAUGAGAAUGAUCCUCGAUCAGGAGUUAGCUACCUUCGUUCGUGUACAUCCCAUGGAUAUUCUCCUCUUCCAACCAAGGGCUAUUCACAUCUAUCUCUUCCCCCAAUUGAGUUUGAAUACACCCGCUCACCUCCGUUACAUGACCUAAAGACAGAGGAGGCAAGGGUGCCUGUGUCGGGAUUUCGCCCUUCGGGGUCCGGUGUCUCAUGGCUCGACCUCAAUGGCGAAGGAUCUCCGGGCAUCCUGACUCAAGUUCCUGGGACUGGUUGGUACUACCAAAAUAACCAAAGUGAUGGUGCGGAAUUAUCCUUUGGUGACCCAGUAGUGCUCUCCGAGAUACCAAAUGCCGCCAAUAAUGACAUAAAUUGGCAAUGGGAUAAUUUAGAAGGCAACGGUCUUUUAUCUCUCGUGACGCACACACCUAAAGCUGGCAGUGGCCUUCGGGGGUUUUAUCAGCGUACUGAAGAAGGAGGAUGGACCAACUUUGUCCCCUUUGAGUCUAAUCCAUCUGGGGUGGAUUACUCGCAUCUCACUCGCAUUAAUCUGAGUGGUGCUAUUCUUGCAGAUCUCAUUGACUUGCGUGCAACCGACAGCGAGUUGGGAUGGUAUCCAGCCCUUGAACAUGGCAUUAAAGGACACGGAGAGCGCCACAGUACUGCUGGCGGGCCAAAUCUACGACUUAGUGAUGAUACGUCGGUCUUUAUUUGUGAUAUGAGCGGCGACGGCCUUAGCGAUAUUGUCAUUGUGGAAAAUAGCCAUGUCUGUUACUGGCCCAAUACCGGCCAUGGGCAUUUCGCCCCAAAGAUUGUUAUGGAGAACUUCCCUUGGUUGCCAAACUUUAAUCCCCAGCGCAUACGCCCUGCUGACAUCACGGGCUCUGGGUGUACAGAUCUCAUCUACUUACUGCCAGAAGGAGGUGCCCUUGUCUUUUAUAACCAAUCCGGAAAUCGCUGGAGCGAUGCAUAUUCGCUCCCUUGCUUCCCUCCGCUGGAUGAAUUUGUGGCAGUUGAUAUCUUUGACGUAGCUGGAAGAGGAACUCAGAGCCUUUGCUGGUAUUCAAGUAACGAUUUAGGUGCUGCAACCACAUCGCUCUGCUAUGUGGACUUGAUGGGUGCGCAACGCCCCGGUUUGCUGAGGUCUUGUUCUCGAAAUAUGGGAGACAAUAUGGUGAUUAACUAUCGAUCUUCCACGCUGUACCAUCGCGAAGACGAAAGAAAUGGUAGGCCUUGGACAACUCGGCUACCUUUCCCCUUGUAUUGUGUUGAGAGCAUAACAACCUCAGAUCUUGUGUGCAAAACCUCUCAUGCUAUACGCUACGCUUAUCAUAAUGGUUUCUAUGAUGCAGCUGAGCGAGAAUUUCGCGGUUUCCAGAUGGUGGAUGAAUGGGAUCAAGAAGAUUACGGUGAUUACAAAUCCCCCUGCCUCUACACCAAAAGUUGGUUCCAUAUCGGCUCAACUGAGAUUGAGUCAAACGCGACGCUGCCGUACAUCAUUCCAGCUCUCCAAGGUCUCUUGGAAUCACUAGGGAGUGCGAAUAUACCAUCACAAUUGAACCCGCGGGAGAAACAAGAAGCAUACGGGUCUCUGGCUGGCUUGCUUCGCAGACAAGAAAUUUACUGCAUGGACGGCUCUUCAUCCCAUGAUAAGCCAUACAAAAUCAUUCAGCAUAGCUAUAAGGUAACGAUGCUCCAGGCGGCUGAUACCGAACCGAAAUCACACCAUGCAGUUUUUCGAAUCCAUGACCAAGAGAGUGUAUCUGCCGAGUGCGGAAGGGGCCAAUUCCAGGAUGCAAGGGUGGAACACAGUCUGGUACUUGCCACUGAUAAUUAUGGAAAUGUCCUUCGGAAUGCUAUAGUCUAUUAUGGCCGUAUGAAUAGCGAUCUACCCACCGAGGCCGAUCAAAAUGCGCAAUCUGAAACUGUGAUACUCUGUUCAGAGACUGACUAUACAAUACCAGUCAAUGAGCUUGACCACUUCCGUCUGCCAGCAUCAGCAGAACGUCGAGAGUAUCGGUUAUUUCUCACAAGUGACGAAAUGCCUCCGCCUAAUAACCGCCUGAAAUUGGAGACGUUGCACCGCAUUAUAUCUGAAUAUGACGGAACGAAUGCCAGCGCCUCUGGUUCCCGCAUGUUAACAGGAAGAAGUCAGACUAUUUACAGUGCCACGGAUCCUAACCUGCCACUACCCUUGGGAAAACUAGACCCAUACUCCGUUGAGUAUCAAAAUUACCAACUAAUGCUAACUAGCUCAAUACUUGAUGAUGUGAUACCUCCAGAUUUUGUCAUGUCUGAUUAUGAAGUGGAACUUCAACGAGGCGGCUACAUAGAGUUAGAAAAAGGAAGCAGAGAGUGGUGGGCGCCAUCUUCCCGGAAACUCUACACAUCAGAUUCCGAAAAUAGCAAUGGGAGAUUAUCAUUCGUUCGCAGUCGCUUCUAUCUACCUACUGGAGAGAGAGAUCCGUUUGGUAACAGUUCCUCGCUCUACUUGGAUCAGUAUAUCUUGCUUGCUGAGGCUACCGUCGAUGCUGUGGGUAACAAAACAGUUUUCCACAACAAUUACGUACAUUUGCAGCCUUGUGUAAUAAUGGAUACAAACGGAAACCGUGUCACAAUGGCCAUGGAUUCUCUAGGCCGUCAAGUUGGUGUCGCGGUGAUGGGCAAGGAAGAGGAUACAACGAGGGAUAGCCUAGACGGGUUUAUUGCAGAUUUAACGGAUGAAAAGCUUGACAGCUUUAUCAAUUGUCCUUCUGGAAAAGUUGCCAUUGAUCUUUUAGGCAAUGCGAGUCGGAGGACCAUUUAUGAUACCAAAAGAUUUGCAAAAACCUACAACGCGUCCUCCACAUCUCAACUUGUUCCAGCAUUUCAGGCUGAAUUGAUUCGUGAGACUUUUGGUCAAAAGCUCAGAGCGGACUCAUUACGAGUUCAAAUUACAUAUCUCAACGGGAAUGGAGCCGUGAUGCAAACAGCCACACUGUUACAUGCACCGGACACUGAUGACCAAGAUGAACGAUGGCAACUGAGCGGUUAUGCAUUGCAAAACCAGGAAGGGAAAUUAAUGAGACAGUUUAUGCCCUACGAACAAGCUUCUCAUUCCUUUCAACAAAAUAAGGCGACAACUGGCUCCAGCACUAGUUACUUUUACGACUGCCUCGAUCGUCGAGUCGCAGUCCUUCACAAUGACCACACAUGGAGCAAAACACGUUAUGGGCCUUGGGGCCAAAUUGUAUUUGACGUUGGCGACACCAUCAUGGUAAAAAAUCCUGUGGAUGAUCCAGACGUAGGGAGAUUCUUCUCUUCCAUACAACCCGAGAAUUACCUACCUACUUGGUUAGAGCGAAUGAACAAUUCGCAGGACCAAGCGAAAAGAGAGGCCGCCCAAAAGUCUAUUGCAUAUCAUGACACACCUUCAAUUGUGAAUAUAGAUGCCUGUGGGCGAAUCAUUCUUAUAGAGAAUGACAAUGGAUACAAGAUAGAGACACCAACUGAAAAAGAAAUUCAACUAAAUCGAAUUAACUAUAGCAUCCGAGGCGACCUAGUUGCUCAGAGAGAUGCCCGGAACCGAGUGGUGAUGCGCUCAUACAACGACUUGACGGGUCGUCCACUCCGCAGCAAGAAUAUGGACUCAGGCGAGCAGUGGAGCCUUCCAAGUUGUGAUGGGCAACCCUUUUUAAAAUGGACACAUGGUGGAAAAUUACAGAAGCAUUUUCAAUAUGACAAACUACGACGGCCCCUAACAAUCAAGGUGAAGCAAAAGACCAACUCCAGUGUUGAUGAGAAAAUCGUGGUACGUUAUGUAUAUGGAGAAGGCCUAGCCAAUGACAAAAUGGACAAUCUACGAGGGAAGCUUUAUCAAUGUUAUGACCAGUCAGGCCUUUACACCAACAAACGAUUCGAUGUUCUCGGUAAUUGUGUGAACACAGUUCAGAAAUACGCGGUGGAUUACAAGUCAGUUCUUGACUGGUCGGGUGUCAAAAAUCAUCAACUUGAACUUGAAGAUCACUACACCGAAAAGCGGUUCAAUGCACUCGGACAAAUUGUACAGGAAAUAAUAAUCGGUGGCCAUACAAGCCAUUAUUAUUAUGAUCUUGCCGGACGCCUAAAACGAUUGGAUUCAUCCUCACCCGGCAUCGACUCCAAAAUUACACCUUAUGUUCAAAAUAUCGAGUACACAUUUGAUGGUCAGAUAGCCUCUCUCUUGUAUGGAAAUGGAGUCAAAACAACACACUGGUAUGAUACAGAAACACGUAGGUUAACGACAUUACGUACAAAUCGAUUCGGCGCUUCUAGUCAGGCACUUCUACAAGAUAUAUCUCACACAUACGACUGCAUUGGAAGGAUUGUUCAGACCGCAGAUAACUCUCAACAAGACAUAUUCUUUACCAAUUGCCUUGUUAAACCAACAAAGACGUUCAGAUACGAUGCCUUGGGUCAGUUAAUAGAGGCCACCGGCCGCGAACUUAUCGUCGCUUCUCCGAGUAGGCAGAGGAGUAUUCGGGCGCCUACUGAACGGUCGAAUUCCUCAUCUGGAAGGGACAUGAGGCAAUUGGUUGAGUAUGCUGAGCGAUACGCAUAUGACUUGACCGGCAAUAUCACAAAAAUGGAGCAUGCACCGGUCAAGGUAGAUUCAUUCACAGGAUGGACCAGAACGUAUCAGUACAAUGAAACAAGUUGCAUAGACUCCAAUGCUUGCAAUAACCGCCUCUCAAGCACAAAAGUCGGUAAAGAGAUAUGCAACUAUGGCUAUGAAGGUGACGCCGGGCUUCACGGAUGCAUCACGUCUGUACCAGGAUACUCUUAUCUUGAUUGGGACUUCAACGACCGGCUCCGUAGCUUUUCCAAGCAGAAAAUCACCAAUGAGGAUUCAAAGCCCGAGACGACCUGGUUUGUGUACAAUGCCAGUGGGGUACGAGUUCGGAAGAUCACCGAGCGCAGUGCAACAGCAGACAGUGCUAUUCCUGGAAACCCAAGAAAGCUUAAAGAGACACUAUAUCUACCUCUACAUGAUGUUUUCAUAUGCUAUAGCGGUGAUGGAGCUACAAUCAGACGCAAGACUAUGACCGAUGUUAUCAAAAACGACCAGGUGCCGCACCAGCUCGCACUGAUUGAGCGUACUUGCCAUCAAUUCGCCCAAGAAGAGGUACAAUCCAAAGCUCUGGUGCGAUAUCAGCUAGGGGAGCAGAUGGAAGUGGAUGACCACGCACAGAUUAUCUCCUACCAAGAGUUUUCCCCAUUUGGUGUCAGCACGUACCAAACUUGCAAGACCGAAGCUCCCCGCAAAUAUCGGUUUGCUCGCUAUCAAUAUGAUACUGAGACAGGGCUUUAUAUCUGCGGUGCCCGGUACUACGCAAUCUGGCUUGGUAGAUGGAUGUCUGCAGAUCCAGAAGGUACCGCGGAUGGCCCAAACGUUUAUUCUUAUGUAGGCAACGACCCGGUGAAUAUGGAUGACCACCAAGGCACAAUUGGUACUCCUAAAAGAUCCCGAGAGUCUGCAAAAGAGGAAAUCAGAGAUACAAAGGCAGUACACCAGAGCACCAGUGACGGAAAACUAGCAGAAUACAUUACUCAACGAGAGACAGAUCUGAAGAAAAAAAUGAAGAAACUUGAGAAGUCGAAAAACCAAGAGUAUACAUUAUUGAAUCCUCAUAUGUAUGCAGAAGGUAGUCAUCAGGAUGUAACCGCCAUGAUGCCUGAAUUGAGGUCCAUGAAGCCGAGUGAAUUGCUAUAUACACAAGAUAGCAUGUCUGCUAGGGUCUUUGAGAAGAAACAGGAGAAUUGGCAAAUCAUUGCAGUUAAAAGAUUGGUGGAAAAAAGCGUUGAGAACGUCUUGAAUAAAGUCGAUGAAGUCACAAAACUUCAAGCGCUGGCCCAGUACGACAUGAUCAGUGCUUAUCCCAUCAAGGCUGGUGACACAGUACAAUACAGAGUUCUAGAUCAUCACAGAACACACAUCGCCAAAGAGGCGCUCAGAGAAAACACGACAAUUCCAGUCAUCAUUCGUAAAGAUCGAUUGGCAUUAUUAGAUUUUUUGAAAAAACCCCCCAAAAAAGGUCUAACGGAUGGCAUUGAAAUCGACAUAAAACCUAAUAGGGAGGUCAGCUCUAAAGAUCAAAUGGAUGAAUUUUCAGUUGCGUCGUUAGCAAGUUUGGCUGCUCAGGCAUUUGGCAAAUGGAAACUAUUAAGUCUACAGCCAAAUUACAGGUAG